CGGCACAUAACAGGUGGUGGCAAAAACUAAAUCACACUUGCAGCCAGUUAAAAUGGAUUAAAUUUGUUUCAACCUCUGUCCUGUGUCCUUUUGUGUACCACAUUGAGCAUGGACAAAAGAAAGAAGACCAAAGAACUGUCUGAGGACUUGAGAAGCAAAAUUGUGAGGAAGCAUGGCCUAUCUCAAGGCUACAAGUCCAUCUCCAAAGAAUUGAAUGUUCCUGUGUCUACCGUACGCAGUGUCAUCAAUAUGCGUAAAGCCCAUGGCACUGUGGCUAACCUCCCUAGAAGUGGAUGGAAAAGAAAAAAUGACGAGAGAUUUCAGAUUGUGCGGAUGGUGGAUAAAGAACCUAGACUAACAUCCAAACAAGUCGUCCUGCAGUCUGAGGGUACAACAGUGUCAACCCGUACUAUCCGUCGGCGUCUGAAUGAAAAGGGACUCUAUGGUCGGAUACCCAGGAAGACCCCACUUCUGACCCAGAGACAUAAAUAAGCCAGGCUGGAGUUUGCAAAAACUUAACUGAGAAAGUCAAAAACAUUUUUGGAAGAAUGUUCUCUGGUCAGAUGAGACAAAAGUAGAGCUUUUUGGGAAAGGUAAAAAACAAGGCCUUCAAAGAAAAGAACACGGUCUCCACAGUCAAACAUGGCGGAGGUUCCCUGAUGUUUUGGGGUUGCUUUCCUCCCUCUGGCACUGGACUGCUUGACUGUGUGCAUGGCAUUAUGAAGUCUGAAGACUACCAACACAUUUUGCACCAUAAUGUAGGGCCCUUUGUGUGAAAGCUGGGUCUUUCUCAGAGGUCAUGGGUCUUCCAGCAGGACAAUAACUAUAAACACACUUAAAAAAGCAAUAGAAAAGGAUUUGAGAGAAAGCACUGAAGAUUUCUAAAAGUAGCCCGCAAUGAGUCCAGCCCUGAAACCCAUAGAACACCUGUGGAGAGAUCUGAAAAUGGCAGUUUGGAGAAGGCACCCUUCAAAUCUCAGAGACCUGGAGCAGUUGGCCAAAGAAGAAUGGUCUAAAAUUCCAGCAGAGCAUUGGAAGAAACUAAUUGAUGGAUACCGGAAGAGGUUUUUCCAUUUAUUUUGUCCAAAGGUUGUGCUACCAAGGCUUAGGGCUUAGGGUGCCAAUACUUUAGUCCUGGCCAUAUUUGGUGUUUUGUGUAAAAUAAUAAUGAUUUUUUUUUUAAUUCUCUUUUGUGUUUUUUCAUUGCAAGCAAAAUAAAUGAAGAUAGAUGAAGAUAUUACUCCCAAAGAAUUUGUAAUUGCAAUCAUUUUCUGGGAGAAAUUGAGCAUUGUCUGACAGAAUUGCAAUGCCCCAAAAUCAUCAGAAAGUGACCCAUGUUCAACAGAAAAUGACCCGAAAUCAACAGAAAGAGACCCGAAAAUGCCCCAAAUCACUAGGAAAUUAACCAAUGACCAGAAGUGACCGGAAAUGCCCUAAAAUCAGCAAUAUGGGGUUUGUAAUAAAUCAUGUUACUAAUUAGAGAACAAAACUUGUUCCAGUCAAUUGUCUAUUGAACUAAUUUAUUCACAAACUCAAUGGUACUGAUUCCUUCCCAUGUUUUUUGUGUCAUCAGAUUUGGGGAAAGAGACAACAUGUCUGCUCGUCACAAUCACGAGAUGAGUGCGAUGGUGAGGGUCUCGCACCUCCCCCUGGUCCGCUCGGCGCUGCAGUCGGUGACCUCAGUGUACUCCGAGGCCAAAUGCCGCUACCCUCUGCUGGGUCUGGUGGGAGACGUGGCAGAGGUGGGGGUCCGGAACGCCUCCAUGGUGGCUUUGAGCGGCGCCACCCCCAUCAUGCAGACCCUCCGGCCUCAGAUUGAGGUGGCCAACAGUUUUGCUCUUGUGGGUCUUGACCAACUGGAGAAGAACUUUCCCAUUCUCCAUCAGUCCACCGACGAGGUGGUGGGUCACCUGAAGGACGCUUUCUUCCUGACUCUGGACGACAUGCAGUUGUGGGUGGUGGAUGGGCUGGACGGUGCCAUGGACCAGAUGGAACGCCUGACUCACGCCGCCUGGACAGUGGUGAGGCAGCUGCAAGAAACGCAGGUGGGACAGGCUGCCUCGUCGGGUCUGGACGAUGUGCUCAGCCGCCUGGAGAAUGCCACGGCCUACUAUAUGCCUCUGCCGCCCACGCUCCGUCGCGAGUGGGAGAUGAGGGUUCAAGAAUACGAGGAUGAAGACGAUGAUGAUGAGCCUAGCGUGUGGACGAGGGUCCGCAGUCUCCUACUGAGCAUCAGCCUGCAGCUUUACUACCGCAUGGCCAAACUGCAGAAACAGCUGGAGGAUGCAUCCAGAGCCCUGGGGGACACUGUCCAAGCAAUGGGACUGGGGGCCGUUAUGAAGCUUCUGGGGGACCUCCUGCAGUACCUUCAAAGGCUGCUUGUGGCGCUAGUGUACCGCACCGAGAGCCUGAGGGAGCUGGGUCUUGGCCGGAUUCGGGAACAGGCCCUCAUGUUGGUGGAGCUCCGUCCAGUGCAACAGAUCCGAGAGUUUCCACUUCAGGUCAGGCAGGUCCUGGUAGAUCUUCGGGAACUCUCUAGAAUCCUCCUGCAGCUCCUCAUCAACGCCACACCGCUCUACAAAAUGCUCCAACAGCCAUCCGAAAAAGAUGUUGAGGACUUCCUGAGCCAGGAGGACUUUCGCACGGAAAGCUCAUCCCGCCGCAGCUCGGCCAACAGCCUCUUCCUGAAGGCCAUGGACGGACGACCCCGCCGGCGCAAGAGUCUCUUCUCCAGGGUCGUCCGCAGUCCGGGCCCCGAGUCCUCCCCCUCCGGCCGGCGCUCUAGCCUGAAGCAGGACUCGGAGGCGGAGGGCUCCCCCGCCCCUUCCGACGGCGCCGGGCAACGCCGCCCGUCAGCCGCCGAGCUCAUCCUCAGCCCGCUCAAGCAGUUCGUAUCGCAGAGCCAAAAGGCCUUCGAGUACCUCAACCCCAACUCGGCAGAAGAGUCCAUCAGCGACAUCAUCGACUGAUGGGGGAGCACUUAACCCAGCCGUACGCCACCCCAGCUCCACCCUGCCCUGCGCCUCGUCCUGUUGGAUUGCGAUCCGCUCUCUUGGAUGAAAAAACGUCUCUGCCACAGUUGAUGUUAGCUAGCGCGUACGGCUUCACCAACAGAACCAUCGUAAAAUUAUUUUAAGCUCCGCCCCCCCACCUAUCAAUUCUAUUUUCACUAACUUGACCAUCAAGAAGUACCUACUGAUUGCUAACUUGUCUGUCACAGUCACAUCACAGGUCAUUGAUUGUGGGGCGUGUCCGUGUCUUUGAUGUGCUUCAAUAAAGCUUGUUUUGGGCAUAUUAGGAGUGUGUCUCAAAUAUUAUCAAUUCAUUGGCUGCCUUUGAUGGUGAUCAACGAACCUGACUCGCUUUAAAAAUGAUCGCUGAGAGGCAUCCCGGCACAAAUACAUUGGACGCCGAUCAACGUCAAUGGCAGUCAUUGGCAGUCAAUGAGUGAUCAUAAUAUUUCAUAAUAUUUUGAAGUCUAUGGUGUGAAAGAAAUCAAAUCCAUUUCAACUAGGAUGGCUGGCAUUGAGUAGGCAUGUUUCACUGACAUU